AUAUUGCAGCCUGAAGCGAUACCUAGGCGCGCGCCUAGACAAGGGACGGAGGGAGCCUUCCACGGUGGCGACGCAAGCGCGCGCCGCCGCCGCGAGUGGUCGGCAUCUACGGUCUCCCUCCUCGCCCCUCUACUGGAAGGGGAUGUCGUCGAGCGGGAAUCCACCUAUACUAGCUGGAGCCCAGAAUGCGUGGGAUAUGCUCUCUGAUGAGCAAUCACAGAAACACAUCACUACUGGUUCUGGUGACCUCAACCACAUACUUGGUGGUGGGAUUCACUGCAAAGAAGUCACCGAGAUAGGUGGUGUCCCAGGGGUUGGUAAAACUCAACUGGGGAUUCAACUAGCAAUCAAUGUCCAAAUCCCAGUGGAGUAUGGUGGCCUUGGUGGGAAAGCAGUUUAUAUUGACACGGAGGGAAGUUUCAUGGUUGAACGUGUCUACCAAAUUGCUGAAGGGUGUAUCAGCGACAUACUGGAGCACUUUCCACACAGCCAUGACAAAUCUUCAUCUGGCCAAAAACAAUUGCAGCCUGAGCAUUUCCUGGCAGACAUCUAUUACUUCCGAAUAUGCAGCUAUACGGAACAGAUUGCUGCUAUAAACUACCUGGAAAAAUUCCUAGGGGAGCACAAAGAUGUGCGUAUAGUUAUUAUUGACAGUGUCACUUUCCACUUUCGACAAGAUUUUGAUGAUCUGGCUCUGCGGACCAGAGUGCUCAGUGGAUUAUCAUUGAAGUUAAUGAAGAUUGCAAAGGCAUACAACUUGGCAGUUGUCUUGUUGAACCAAGUCACUACUAAAUUUACAGAAGGAUCAUUUCAGUUGGCUCUUGCUCUAGGUGACAGCUGGUCCCACUCGUGCACAAAUCGACUGAUUCUCUACUGGAACGGGAAUGAUCGGUAUGCACACCUGGACAAGUCUCCUUCACUUCCAGUAGCUUCAGCACCGUAUGCAGUGACAGGCAAAGGGGUGAGGGAUGCUGUGAGUCCUAAUCACAAGAGGGUCCGAGUAGCAUAGCAAAGUUGGUGCCCAACCCUUGUAUAUCCUCUAUGCUACUGCAUUCCUUCAUGGAUCUUUUGGACAAGUUAGGUGAUUGGUAGAGAAUCCUACCAUUUUGCAAAGUCUUAAUUGCGUAGUGCUGUAAGUAGAAAUUGUAGGGAACUAGAUGCCGCAAAAAAAUGCUACUGUGUUUGGUUGACCCAUCGUUAACUCAGAUACAUACAUUAUCAAGUCUGAUGUGUCUGAACAUGUGACACAUUCUACCAGCUCUUUCAGGUGGCUCGGCCCUAUCGUAUGCAGUUCUGUAAAUUGUGAUCCA